AUGUGUAAUCCAUUACUGUCUUAUCUGCAAAAACAAUCCUAUUAUGUUUGUCUUGUCACAGGGGUGGAUGAAGGCACCAUCAUUGAUAUCCUGACUAAAAGAACCAAUUGUGAACGCCAGCAAAUCAAAGCUGCUUAUCAACAACAGACAGGAAAGAGUUUAGAUGAUGCAUUGAAGAAAGCACUCUCAAGCCACUUGGAGGAAGUUGUUUUGGCAUUGAUGAAAACUCCAGCCCAGUAUGAUGCACAUAACCUGAAGAAUGCUGUCAAGGGACUUGGAACAGAUGAAAGUACUUUGAUUGAAAUUCUUGUAUCCCGGAACAAUCUGGAACUCAGAGAAAUUAAUAAAGUUUAUAAAGAAGAGUUCAAGAAGGAACUUGCAAAAGAUGUUGCUGCUGACACAUCUGGAGACUUUCAAAAAGCCCUGCUAGCACUCAUUAAGGGUGAACGCAAUGAAUCUGCAACUGUGAAUGAUGAGCAGGCUGACAAUGAUGCCAGGGCUCUUUACGAAGCAGGAGAAAAGCGCAAAGGAACAGAUACGUCCAUAUUCAUAAAUAUUCUCACUGCAAGGAGCUUUCCCCAGCUUCACAAAGUUUUCUCCAGGUAUCGUGCAUACAGCAAAAAUGAUAUGUCCAAGGCUAUAGAUCUUGAGCUGAAGGGAGACAUUGAAAGCUGUCUGAUGUCACUUGUGAAGGUUGCAACAUCCAAACCAGCUUACUUUGCUGAAAGAUUUCACUUGUCAAUGAAGGGAUCUGGAACCAGACAUAAAGACUUAAUAAGGCUCCUGGUAUCUCGCUGUGAAAUUGACCUAAAAGAGAUCAAAUAUCACUAUAAAAAUUUGUUUGGAAAGACACUGCGCACGGCUAUUAUGGAAGAAAAACUGAAAGGAGACUAUGAAACCAUUAUGCUGUGCCUUUGUGGCCCUGACAACUAG